AUGGUAGUCGAAACUCCGCUCUCCGGGUUGCGCGUCGUUGAACUCGCAGGCCUUGCCCCAGUUCUCCGCGUGGACCGACCAGGCCAAGCUGACAGCUCGGACAUAUUGACCUCUUACAAGUCUUCCAUCACACUCGACUUGAAAAAUAAGAGCUGUAUUGGUCUUCUACAAAGCUUACUUGGGCAGGCUGAUGUAUUCAUCGACCCAUAUCGCCCUGGCGUGCUUGAACGCCUCGGAUUAAGCCCCACCACCUUAUUGGAUGCAAACCCGCGCUUGAUCGUUGUACGGAUCACGGGCUACCGCCGCGAUGGACCAUACAAGGAUAUGGCAGGGCAUGAUAUCAACUACUUGGCAGUAUCUGGCGUCUUGAGCAUGCUUGGGCCGAACGGACAACCGCCCAUGCCACCUGCGAACCUUCUAGGUGAUUACGCUGGCGGUGGCCUCGUAGCAUUUGCAGGUGUUCUGUUGGCUGUGAUACAUCGUGGUGCCUGUGGAGAAGGACAGGUUGUCGAAGCGAACAUGGUUGAUGGCGCAUCGUACAUCGGGACGAUCCCACGUCUGCGCCAGAAAGAGCCUGUUUGGAAUGCCCCACGAGGUACCAACCUCUUAGACGGAGGCUGUCCAUAUUACCGAUGCUACGAGUGCCAGGACGAUGGGAGCUUCGUCUCGGUUGGUGCCCUGGAAGGUCCCUUCUUCACGCAGCUGCUUAAGGGCCUGGAACUGAGCCCAGACCAGGUUGUGCAGCACGGGAUGCGGCGUGAAGACAAGGCGGCCUGGCCGUUCAUGGAAGCCACAUUGGCGAGACGAUUUAAGCAGAAGACAAGAAAGGAAUGGGAGCGCAUCUUUGGAGGUAUUGACGCUUGUGUUUCCCCCGUCCUAAGCAAUGAAGAACUGGAAUCGGCAGGAUAUCCACAGCGACCCAUGGUGCAUCUGACGAAGAGCGCGAGCCUCCCUGUUGAUUCGCCGUGGAAGGGUAGGCGUCUCAAGGCUGGCGACGGCGGGGAAGCGAUCCUGCGUCAGUGGAUGGGCUGGAAGAAGGGAAAGGAGUUUGACAUUACUAAUGGGAUAUAUGUGGAAUUGGGCGCGACUCAGAGUAAGCUGUAA